UUUCCAGCUAUGGCGGAUACCAAAAAUGCAACCGGCGAGAAGCCACGCAAGUCAUUGAUUCUAAAUGCCUUUGUGGAAAUGUGCAGUGGACACCAGUCUCCUGGCCUUUGGCGACACCCCGAAGAUGAAUCUCAUCGAUUCAACGAUAUCGGCCACUGGGUGGAACUUGCUCAAUUGCUUGAGUCGGCCAAAUUCCAUGGCAUUUUCAUUGCAGAUGUUCUCGGAGGUUAUGAUGUCUACAAGGGACCCCGGAACCUGGACCCGGCAAUUAUCUCUGGUGCUCAGUGGCCAGUGAACGAGCCCUUGGCAGUAGUGCCUGUUAUGGCAGCAGCAACCAAGAACAUCGGGUUCGGAGUAACUGUGACGACGACAUAUGAGCAGCCUUAUCACUUGGCAAGACGUCUAUCGACUGUUGAUCAUCUGACCAAAGGACGAUUGGGAUGGAAUGUCGUAACUGGAUAUCUGGACUCCGCAGCCCGAAACAUGGGCCAAGCCGAACAGCCACACCACGAUGACCGAUAUGCUGUCGCAGAGGAAUACGUCAAAGUAACCUACAAACUCUGGGAAUCAUCCUGGCGCCAAGAUGCCGUGGUCCUGGACCGUGAACGCGGCGUCUACACCGAACCCUCGCGAGUUCGACAGAUCAAUCACGCAGGAAAGUACUUCAACGUCCCAGGACCACACCUGUGUCAACCAAGUCCGCAACGAACACCCGUCAUUCUCCAAGCGGGAACAUCUAAGGCUGGAAAGACCUUCGCAGCUCAGCACGCCGAAGCCAUUUUCGUCGCAGGACACAGUCCCUCUGUCGUGGCCAAGAACGUUGCCGAGAUUCGGCAGCUGGCGAAGAGUGAGUUUGGACGUGAUCCGCAGAGUAUCAAGUUCCUCGCUCUACUUUGUCCUGUUCUUGGUCGUACGGAGGAGGAGGCUUUGGAGAAGUUUGAGCAUUAUCAGAGUCUAGGGUCGAUUGAUGGGGCGUUAGCAUUGUUUGGUGGUUGGACGGGGAUUGAUCUGGACACGUACGGUGAUGAUGAGGAGCUGCGGCAUGUGGAGAGCAAUGCGAUUCGGUCUGCUGUGGAAGGAUGGUCGAAGGCCAGCCCUGGGGUCCCGAAAUGGACUAAAACCACCGUUGGCCAACACAUCACUGUUGGUGGUCUAGGUGCCACUCCUGUUGGCACGGCGGCGCAGGUCGCUGACAGCAUGGAACGCUGGAUUGAAGAGGCUGAUGUAGAUGGAUUUAAUUUGGCUUAUGCGGUCAAGCCGGGCUCGUUUAAGGAUGUCAUUGAUCUGCUGAUCCCUGAACUGCGUCGUCGGGGUUUGUUCUGGGAUGAUUAUGCGGUGCAAAAAGGAACAUACCGUGAGAACCUGAACGCCACACCUGGCCAAUCUGGUCCUCGACAUGAUCACCCGGCGGCCAAAUACAGGUGGCACGCAGGUGUUGACGCUGCUGACCAUCCAGUCCCGGAGAAUUAG